GAGAGAAGCAGGUGGCUUGAGGUGGGGACCCGGACGGGCUUCCGGUAGGGGUGUAGGGGCGGUUCCGGGGAAGCCUGCGCCCCCAGGUAGGGGUGCUCCGGGCCGCCGGCCCCGCAGCCCGCCCCUCCCCGGGCCCAUGGCCGGGGCAUUGGGUGGGACAGGGGGCUCAGGCUGGACUUGGCGGCCGGUGGCGCGGGACCCGCUGCUGGCGCGGGCCUUCCAUUCAUGCACCGAACUGCGGGGACGGUUCUAUCUGGUGGGGGGUCUCCUAGCCGGAGGAGCGAGAGAGCCGAGCAGUGAUAUGGUGGUCUUCGAUCCGGCUGGAGGCCAGGCCGUGCGGGUGGGAGCCCGGGGCGGCCCGAGGCGCAGCCACCACGACGCGGCGCUGGUGGGCGGGCGCUGGCUCUGUGUGGUGGGCGGCUGGGAUGGGUCGCGCCGCCUGGCCACAGUAAGCGCCCUGGACACCGAACGCGGUGUGUGGGAGGCGUGGACCGCCGCCCCCGGCAGCUGCCCCCCUGCCGGCCUCAGUAGUCACACCUGUACCCACCUCUCCGACCGAGAGCUGCGGGUGGCAGGCAGGGAGGGCGGGACUCGCACUCAGCGUCGUUAUGGAAGCAUCUACACGUUAAGGCUGGACCCUGGCGCCCGCACCUAUUGCUAUAAGGAAGAAGGCUACCACACAGUCUCACGUUCAGGUCACUGCGCUGCUCUGCUCCAAAGUCCUGGGCCCCACCCAGGUCACCAGCUAUUGCUCUUCGGGGGCUGCGACUCAGCUGAACCAGAAGUAGCUGGGCAUUGGAGUCAUGGGAAGAUUAAGGAGGAACCACCUGUUGCCCCCCGUUUGAUGGAACAGCUUGCAAGGCUCGUGAGCAGUGGGCAGGGGUCCCGGCAGGGGCCUCGAGGACUCCGGCAUCACUCAUGUUCUGUGGUUGGGCCCUUUGCUGUGCUGUUUGGUGGAGAAACUCUGACUAAAGCCCGAGACACCAUCUGCAAUGACCUCUACAUCUAUGAUACCCGAAAGUCUCCUUCUCUGUGGUUCCACUUCCCCUGUGCAGACCAUGGGCUAAAACGCGUUGGCCAUCGGACCUGCCUUUGGAAUGAUCAGCUCUACCUGGUUGGGGGUUUUGGUGAGGAUGGCAGGACAGCUAGUCCACAGGUUUGCAUUCUGGACCUCUUUAUCUAAAGAAUAGUGCCAAGAUACACCACCAAGCCUCUGUUUUGUUGCAGACUCAUAAAGCGUUAUCACCAGAGCUGUCUGCCUCAUUUCAAAUGCUGAUUAAAUUUCAACCUGAGAGUUAA